AUGGGUCGUGACACCAUUAUGUUAGCCUCUGGGCAUCAAAUGCCUCUUGUAGGCUUUGGAUUGUGGAAGGUUCCUGCAGACAAGGCCGCCGAUAUCGUUUACAAUGCCAUCAAAGUAGGAUAUCGACUGUUUGACGGGGCGUACGACUAUCAAAAUGAAAAGGAGGCAGGUCAAGGUAUCAGACGCGCCAUCGAGGAUGGACUCGUGAAACGCGACGAGAUAUUCGUGACCACGAAGCUGUGGAACAACUACCACCAAAAAGACCACGCGGUACAAAUGGCGAAAGCGCAGAACGAAGCAUGGGGUCUCGGCUACAUCGACCUGUACCUGAUUCAUUUCCCCGUGGCGCUCAAGUACAUUGAACCUGAAAAGUUGAGGUACCCAGCGUGGUGGACGGAUGCAGAGCACAAGGCCAUCGAAACGGCACCUAUACCCCUCCAAGACACCUGGCAGGCCCUCGAGGAAGUCGUCGACCUGGGGAUCACCAAAUCCAUCGGCAUCUCGAACGCCCAGGCUCAGACCUUGUACGACAUUCAAAGGUACGCGCGACAUCCGAUCUCGUCGCUGCAGAUCGAGCACCAUCCUUACCUCGUCCAGCCCGAACUCGUGGAGCUCGCCCGGGAGGAGAACAUCGCGAUCACGGCCUACUCGUCGUUCGGACCGCAGAGCUUCUUGGAACUACCGCCGGCGUUUCGAGCGAGGGCGAAGGAUGUCCCUCUCCUCUUUGACGUGGAUAUCGUCAGGGAGGCGGCUGCGAGGGUGGGCAAGACGCCUGCGCAGGUACUCUUGCGGUGGGCAACUCAGAGGGACAUUGCCGUGAUACCAAAGUCGAACGAUGCCACUCGACUGCGGCAGAAUCUGGAGGUUAGAAAUGACAGCUUCACGUUGACAAGUGACGAAAUCAAGUCGAUCGGCGCACUCGACAAGGGAUUGAGGUUCAACGACCCGGGGUUUUAUCUAGACAAGCCGUUGCGGAUUUUUGCAUAG